GCCAUUCUGACCGUCGUAAUUCUGCUGCGCAUCUGCCACUGGAAGAAACCCCAUUCAGUGCUCCUCCCGCUCCAAGUUCAAUAGCUCGGGAAGAGAAGGCCGCCAAAAAAAAGAGUGCAUUCCCAUAAACUGAGAGAAUAAUAGACGUAUAUCUUGAGAAGUUUGCGCACAUUAGAGGCCGAGAAGCGUUAUAUAAAAUGCACUCAAAACAAGAAAAAUAAACAAUACUCAAAACACACAUUUUCCUCCUUAGACGUAGAAAAAUAUAAAAAAUAAUAAAGCUAUGGAGAAGGUCUGCCAGUUCUUUCGCAACAACUAUGUGCUGGCCAACUGUGAGGAUGCCAUCUACAAGAAGUCCUUCAGUCUGAACCUCUCGCACUACCAAAUGUCCCAAGUGCCGGAGAUAAUCGAACAAUGCGAAACUCUGAUGAAGCUCUUUCUGAAUCAGAACAACCUGACAAAGAUUCCAUCCUCUAUCGGCAAUCUCAUGCGUCUCCAAGUCCUCACCUUGGACUACAACAAACUGGAUGAGUUCCCAUCCUGUAUUUGUCGGCUUGUCCGGCUGAAAUUCCUCAACGUCAGUUGCAACAACAUCACUCGCCUGCCGCCAGAGCUGGGCUACCUCACUCAACUGGAAACCUUCUGGUGCAACAACACUGGUCUGCUGGAGCUGCCCGCCGAGAUACGCAAUUGUGAGCGCCUCGAAACGCUGGGAGUGCGGGGAAACCCUCUCAAGAAACUGCCCGAAUCCAUUGGAGCUCUGACCUCGUUGCGCUGGUUUACGGCCGAAGGGUGCCAGCUGACGGAAGUGCCACUGACCUUUGCCCUUUUGAGCAGCUUGGUGCACCUGAAUCUCAAGGGUAACCACCUCCGGCGACUGCCUAGGAUGCUGAUGGCCAUGCAAAAGCUGCGGUUCGUCUUCCUCAACGAAAAUCACAUAGACGAACAGCCCACACGGGCGCAACUGGAGGAGUUGCGAACACUGCACAUCCUGAAUCUUUCUAAGAACCCUGUGAGCUUCCAUCCUGAUCUGCAGCGCAUGGCAUUGCGCCAGACUAAUCUAUAUGUGGACCUGCCCCAGGAUCUGGCCGAUAUCUGUGAUGGGCUGUCUAGCCGGGGCAGCAUGAAUAGCCAGGAGCAGCAAGAGGAGCAGGUGCGAGGCGUCCCGCAGGAGAACGACUCCUCCGACUGGGCGAAUAGUGUCCGUACCAGUGAACUGGACACCACGGACGAGAGCUCCCUGGAGAACAACAUCGAGGACUUGAGUGUGAUGUUGCCGGAGAUGUCACGCUUCGUCACCACGUUCUGAAGAUGCCUCAUUUGCUCUGGAGAGGCUUACAGUGUUGGAUUGAAACUUAUGUAGAACGCAUAAAUCUGUGGUUUAUUCUCUA